ACUGUGUGGUUGAAUAACAACAAUGAUGAUGAUGAUGAUGAUGAUGCAAAUGGAAAUAGAUGGGGUGUCCUUGUUGCUGGUUCUAAUGGGUAUGAAAACUUUAGGCACCAAGCUGAUGUAUGCCAUGCCUAUCAAGUACUAAAGAAAGGUGGUCUUAAGGAUGAAAACAUCAUUGUUUUCAUGUAUGAUGACAUCGCCAGUAACACACAGAACCCAAAACCUGGUACUAUAAUCAAUAAACCCAACGGUCCAGAUGUUUAUAAUGGUGUUCCCAAGGAUUACAGUGGAGAGCAUACAAAUGCCAAAAAUUUUUAUGCGGUGCUUAGUGGUAACCGAAGUGCUAUUACUGGAGGCACUGGUAAAGUGGUGGACAGUGGCCCUAAUGACACCAUUUUUAUUUACUAUGCUGAUCAUGGUGCCCCCGGCUUCGUUACUAUGCCGGUUGGUGAGGAUGUUUUUGCCAACGAUUUUAUAGAUGUGUUGAAAAAGAAACACGCCGCUAAGGGCUAUAAAAAGAUCGUGAUAUACUUGGAAGCAUGUGAAUCUGGGAGCAUGUUCGAAGGGAUUCUAACGAAUAAUUUAAACAUAUACGCAACCACUGCUUCCAAUUCAACUGAUCCGAGUUUUGCUGCUUAUUGUGAUAAUGAAUAUGACACUUGCUUGGGCGACGUCUUUAGUGUUUCAUGGUUAGAAGACAGUGACAAAACUGAUGGGAGGAAAGAAACUCUGAAACGGCAAUAUGAAAGGGUUAGAGAGAGAACAUUACAUUGGGACGAUGGCUCCAGUUCUGAGGUCAUGCAAUAUGGAGAUAAAAUGAUCAGCAAUGAUUUUCUGGUUAACUACAUUGGUGCAAACCCUGCCACCAACAAGAAUAGUAGUAAAACGAAUAAUGCAUAUUUUUUCGAUGCUCCAACAAUAUUUGUCAGCCAAAGAGAUGCUACUAUUCUCCAUCUAAGGCACAAGUUGAGCAUAGCUCCAGAAGGUUCGAGUGAAAAAUCAGAAGCUGAAAGGAGAUUAUUACUUGAAAUAGCUGAGAGGGAGGAAGUAGACAAUAACAUAAAACGUAUUGUAAAUCUCUUAUUUGGAGAAAAGAGUGGCUCUAAGGUGAUCACUAAUGUUCGUUCAGCAGGACAACCUCUUGUGGAUGAUUGGGAUUGCUUCAAGAAUUAUAUGAAAAUUUAUGAGACCCAUUGCGGCACUUUAUCAACUUAUGGGAAAAAAUACUCGAGGACUUUUGCUAACAUAUGCAAUGCUGGCAUUUCUGAAGAGCAAAUGAUUGUAGCAUCAGCUAAAGCUUGUUAG